AUGGCUCUAGAAACCCUACCGUUUAGACCGGAAGCUAAGAGAGUGUCAAUUUUAACAUUAACAAGUCUACCUUUCGACCUAUUCACAAAGAUAAUUGCUGAGAUUCUAGCAACUAUCGGUGUCAGGAAAGCAGUUAGAUUACGACAAGUGUCACCUGAGAUAUGUUUCGACUACACGUGCAGGUGCCAUGGGAUAGUUGACGAAGUACUCGAAAAGUACUCCCUAUCAUAUGGAGACUUCAAGACUUUCGACGAGAAGCUGGCAGGAAGGUUACUUCAGACAAAAAUGGAACAUGAGCCCAACCAUGAGGUAUUAUCUCACAUAAAGGAGUCAAUCGAGAGACUCCCGGACUUCGCUUCGGAAACUAAGGAGGCAAAGUUGAAGAUUUGUCGUGAUGUUUGUGAGGCUGCAGCUCCUCAAAUUGGCCGGCUUCGAGAACGAGACUCAAAUGGAUUCCACCGGCUAUGUCUCCGUGCAAUGCAACGUGUAAAAGAUGGCUCUUUGAACAUUAUUCCGCAAAAAGAGAGCUACGAAGUUGUUCGAAGCCAGCAAUCUCAAACGGACUUGAGUAUAGCUAUUGUUGCCGACAGACAUGAUGUUGUCAGAAAUCUCAUCGAAUCUGGAGUGGCAACAGUUGACUUCAAGAGUCUCUAUUUCAAACAUCCUAUAGUUCAAGCUGCGAGGCUCGGAAGAAUAGAGAUAGUUAAGUAUCUCCUGGAAAAAGGCGCGGAAUGGCAAACCCAAGAUGAAAUAUGGUCGAAGAAGGCAUAUCAUCUCAUCAGCCUUUUGGAUCUCCACAUAAACAAAAAGAUCAUGCUGGCGCCAGAGCCCACCAUUUCAAGUCUAGGUCUAGCCCGACACAAAAUCGAAUUGUUACUGCGACCGGUCGCUCAUAGCGGAAACGCGAAUAUCUUCACCAGACUUUUAGACGCAUACAAAGACGAAAGUGUCUGCUCAGAAACUAUGAAAAGCACUCUCAUUCGAGAAGCGAUUAUAGGUGGAAAUACAGCUACUCUUUCCGUGAUGGUGAAAGAGGGAUUUGAGAUACAAACCUACCCACUAUACCUACCCUCUCAAACUUCAUAUCUGCAAAUCGCAGCCCAGUAUGGCAGCGCGAAAAUGACGGCUUUACUUCUGGAACACGGUGCUGAUCCGAGGCAAGCUUCUCCUCUGAAUAAUCUUGACGCUUGGGAUAUCGCUAUUACGAAAGGCUAUGAGGAUGUGUUGAAAGUCUUAUUGGAUCAUGCUGAGAAAAAUGGAGUACAGCCGUCACCUACAGAUCUGAGGAUCCAAGACCUGGAACACGCGCAUAUUAUACGGAUGUUGAUACGGCAUGGAUACGAGAUCGGUAAGGAUCCAAGCUAUGAGAAUAUCAGCAAGGUGAUGCUUAGGAAUGCAUUUAAGAAAAAUAAUGUGUGUAUGGUUGAGGCUUUGGUUGAGGCGGGUGUGUCGGUUGAUAUUGAAGAUAUAAAUAUUUUGGCGGACUUGGUAGCCUCUAGUAUAGGUCGUGGAGAGAUGAUUCAGCUUCUGCUUCGGACUGGAGCAGCAAAUAGGGAUGGAGGAAAUGGUAGUGUUAGAUUAAAAAGCUUAGGACGUGCUGCGCUUCAUACGGACCGUACGACGUACUGGGAGCUAGGUCGCUAUUAG